AGUCUUCAUUCAAGACUCGCGAGUUCAGGUAUUAAGUCGGGAGUACCGCAGUGUAUAGAACAGUACAAUAAACUGUAUCACUCGAUAUUCUCGAGACAGAAACUGUGCAUUUGUUUGAGUUUGCAUUUCUUUGCGUGCAUUCAGCAGGCAACGCUUAGUCAAGUCGAGUAAAAGUUUCGGCGAAGAUCACGUAGCCCUUCUCGAGCAACCAUUCGAGAUCCUUUCCUACCUAGACUCACCGAGUAUCAUUUACCAACCUUUGUUUCAACCUUUUGUCCCUUCGUCAAAUUACUUUCAAAUCUAAACACAAUCAGAGGUUUCAUACACUUUUCGACAAAAUAAGUUCCCUUGUCCUUUUGUAAACAUGAUGAAGACUCCAAUCGUACUCGCUUUACUGGGAAUUCUAUUCGCCGAUUAUACCUUUGCUGCUGCCAUUAAAUCCGAGGAAUUCGCUCAGCAACUCGAGAAAAUUAUUAGGGAGAUGCACCUCGAUAGCCGGCGUGUACAUAGAGCAACGGAAAGUAUAGAGGACCGACCAAAAAGGAACUGUUAUGAUACACCCUGCGGCUGGAACACGUAUGAUUCCGUAACGCGGCAGGCUACUGUAUUCAUGCCCAAUACAUGCAGAUGCCCCGACGACACAUAUAAAUGUGUGCGUACAGGAGAAAACGUGUCGAUGAGUGCAUAUGUAUAUCACUGCCGGCAAAAUACAACGGCAGAUGAUAUAGAGGGAGAAAUGUUUGAGGAUAUGGAAUAUCUUAGAUAAGAUAUACAUAUAUAUAUGUUAACAAUAUAUACAUACUAUAUAUUAUAUCAAUAUAUAUACAU